GAGGGGGGUUGUGGAGGGAGGGAGGGAGAGGGGGAGGGAGUGGCACCAUUUCUUGAUCGCCACCCUUUUCUUUUCAGUCCUUCUUCUUGUUCCAACGCAACUUCCUCCUUCUUCUGCUUCUUUGCAUCCAUCCAUCCAUCAGGAAUCGAUUAUUCUUCUCCUUCCUCCUCCUCCUCCUCCUGCUGCUGCUUCUUCAUUCUUCCUCUUUUCUACAUCACUCGGCUCGACUGUCCACUCACUCCGGAUCCGGAUCCAGUCUGGACUAGAGUAGUUGACGCUGCCUUACCUGCGCGUAGCUUCUUAAUUGCCGUAGAAUUCGAUAAUAUUUUAGUUUCAGCAGGAACUGUAGAGAACAUUUGGGUGAAGGUCAGCAGCGAGAGCGUGAUCUUCUCGCGGCAAAGAAUUUCGACAGAAUACUGGAGGGAGAGGUCACUAGUUCAAAAGUUCGGAGGCGAUCCGAAAGGGUUGGGGAUUUUAGUCGUACAUCAGCAGUCAUUGGAUGAUAGUGUCAGGACCUCGAUUCUGCAUUGAAUAAAUGCAGCCGCAUCGCAAUACAGUAGUGCUCUCGAGUGGUUCAGAAUACGGUGGACAGUUUCAUCGUCAUGCAAGCGGAAACUAGGAAACAAAAAAGGUGACCGACAGUGUACAGAGCCAGGACGGAGGAGAUCUGAGGCUCUGUUCGGAAGAUGUCCAUGUUUUCUUGCUCAGGAGUCACGACUCUCCAGACCCGAAAAUGUCGUAUUCUACUUUGCUGCACCGCAUAUUGACCUUCCAAAUGCUGGACAGUGCUUCUCUGUCGGAGAAGCCUUGAAUUUGCGACUCGAGUAAUCGGUCCCGUGAGUUCAUUCUGCCUUCAAGAAUGCGGACUCGUCGCGAAUGUGAGCCCGUGUGCGCUUCGUAAAGGUGAAGCCCAGAGCUUCCGGGUGCUCAGGUGCUAGCGUUUCAUAUCACUCGCCUCGGACGACGAGGAACGCUAGCACACAGCAAGUACAUGCAGGCCCGCGUUCCUCCGGUGCAUGCUCGGCCAGCACCCUGAGCCUGUGCAGGCAUUCAUUCCGUCGUGCACUCUGAGAAUCAAUUGUCAGAACGACCGUCCACGAGCCUCCUCCUCUCUCUCUCUCUCUCUCUCUCUCUCUCUCUCUCUCUCUCUCUCUCUCUCUCUCUCUGGACACUGUGGAGCAAGCAGCUGGGAACGAUGGCAGUGUACGAGCCGGUGCAGAAGAAGGCCCGGGCUUACGAGAGCAACGGCAACGGGCUCUGCAAUGGCAACGGGACUGCAGCAGAGCAACCCUCCAGCACUCCGAUCAAUGAUGAGCGGGGGGACGCCGGAGCUCCGACCUCGGCUCUGGGUAGCAAAACUAAGCCAUGCACUAAAUUCUUCAGCACUUCAGGAUGUCCGUACGGUGAAGGGUGCCACUUUCUGCACUACGUGCCGGGGGGCAUAGUGGCGCUGGGCCUGGCGCCCUUGGCCAACGUCAACGGGACGGGCCUGGUGCUGGGGUCGGCGGGAGUGCGCAAUCUGCUGGGGGCGGCGGGAAUGAGCGCGACGCAGGGGGGCGGCGCAGCGACGGUCGCGGACCCGAGCGUGACGGUGGGCGGCUACAAGACGCGCCUCUGCAACCGCUACAACACGCCGGAAGGCUGCCGCUUCGGCGAGAAGUGCCACUUCGCGCACGGCGAGGCGGAUCUGCGGCCGUCGAACAACGGGCGCGGCAGCACCGGCCGAUCGGGGCUGGACUACUUGCAGGCCGGCGCGGCGGCGGCGGGCCUCUACGCGAACGGCCACCCGUCGACGGCCGUCGCGUCGGCGCUCUUCUACGGCGAGCCCACGCCGCCGGGCGUCACGGCCACGGGCUUCGGCGCGACCUCGACCACCAAAAUCAGCAUCGAGGCGGCGUUCGCCGGCGCCAUCAUCGGCAAGGCCGGCUCCAAUGUCAAGCAGAUCAGUCGGCUCACGGGCGCCAAGCUGUCGAUUCGCGAGCACGAGACGGACCCGAACAUGCGCAAUGUGGAGAUGGAGGGCUCGUUCGAGCAGAUCGAGCACGCCAGCGAGAUGGUCCGGCAGUUUCUGCAGAACCGCGACGUCGUUGCGCCCAAGGCUGCCGCGCUCGGAUCGCACAACUUCAAGACGAAAAUGUGCGAGAACUUCGUUCAAGGCACUUGCACCUUCGCGGACCGAUGCCACUUCGCUCACGGUGCGCACGAGCUCCGCGUGCUGUCGACGAUGAGAUGAAUCUGCCCGCCUCUGCCUGGCAUCUUCAGGACGAAGCAUACCUGACGUGACAUGCGCCCACGCCCGUCCUCGACUGCUGUGCUCCGUCUAGUCAGCUUACCUUGUACCAUUAUUUUCAUGCGAGGAGAACCGACCGGCCGGAUCAGACUUGUAGGAUAGUUUGCAGGAUUGAUUCAUCCACUUACAGAUUCAUACUAUUUAACAUUGCUGCCCUCCACAACCAACCAUUCUCUCACUCUCCCUCUCACUCGCCCACCCACUCUCACUUGCUCGUUCGCUCGCUCUUAGAAGUGUCCGAGGGGAUGAAUUUUAGCAUUCACAUGAACCCGAGAUCCCCUCGAAUUGUUAACUGGAAACGUCACCCUCUAGAAAAAUGUCUCCUCGUGUACAGCUAGCUCCCAACUUGUACAAUCUACGUUAUAUCAUGAGCAUCAUGGACCACGACUUGGUUAGCCCUGCUCUGUUGUAGUGUCAGUUUGUGUCCUCUGCGCUCAUCGUGGCGAUUCUUGCCAAUAAAAUGUGUGAGAAUCAUCUCUCCAGGCCG